AUGCCCUAUCUCAACGACUAUUUCUACAAAGACACGUGGCGCGCAGGCACGGACUGCAGCAAAUGGGAAGGCGUCGCGUGUACCCCUCAAGGCGCGGUCGUGAAAAUCGAGCUCAAUUCGUGGGAAACGGGCCCGAUUCCGUCUACCAUCACCGCUCUCAACUCCCUCCAACACCUGGAAAUCUCCGGGAUGAACCUCACAGGCUCGCUACCAGAAUCAAUCGGCGCGCUUUUGACCCUCACGAAAAUCAGAAUUAGCAGCAGCACGGGCGGAUGCAGCGGCCGCAUUCCACGCUCCCUCGCUUCCCUCACCAACCUCUUGUCGCUCGAUCUCUUCGGCCAUAGGUUUUCCGGAGGCAUCCCCCCCGCGCUUAGCAGCCUUAAGCGUCUUACUUACCUCGCGCUUGCCCUAAACCAGCUCGCCGGCCCGAUUCCCGCCGCGCUCGGCGCCCUCCGGAACUUAAAGACGCUACUUCUCGCGCAUAAUCGCUUAACGGGAGCCGUGCCGCGCCAGCUGUCGGGAUUGCGGCUCCUCGAGGAGUUAAACCUGCAGGAGAACCGAUUAAUAGGUCCUCUUCCUGGCACGCUGACCGCUCUCGCUCCGUAUCUCAAGGUCCUCGACCUUUCGUACAAUCCCAUUGGCGGCGCUUUCCCAUACAAGUUAGUCAACAGGCUGUCGCGGCUCGAGGCACUGAAUAUGCAGCAAUCGGGGAUUACAGACUCGACUCUGUCGCUGGCUCAGCUGUGGCGGCACCCGAGCCUUCGUUCCCUAGAUCUGAGCUUCAACAAGUUUUCAGGAAACCUGCCCCCCGUCCUGGGCAGGAUAAAAAAUCUCAACAAGCUUUACCUCAUGAAGAACCGACUCAACGGCUCGGUUUCGUGGAAGUUUUUUGCGUACAAACCGCCCCUGACCGAUCUUUCGCUCGCGUAUAACCAGAUGACGGGAGAAUUCCCGUGGGCUGCUGUGAAAGCGGGAGUUGCGGGGACUCUGGUGCAUUUGGACAUUGCCAGCAACAAGUUCGUGGGUUCAAUUCCUGCCGCUGCACUUUCCAACAUUCCCCUGACGGAUUUCAACGUGUCGGAGAAUUACUUUUCUGGAAAGCUGCCUGAGCUGGGGAAGGGUGAUGGGGAUAUGAUGUUCGAUCUCCAGUAUAACUAUUUCUGGGGUAACCCCAUGCUUACGAUUUCUGGGCAGAAACUCUGCCCGGAGGAGUCAGGGCUCAGUCAGGGGUUGGGGGAUGACGAGAUUCUGCGAGCUGUACAGAACUGCCUGUCAAAAACGGCCAGCUGCCCUGAAAAGCAGCAACGGAGCCGGGCAGCUUGUUUGAAUUUUUGUGGUGCAAGCAGCAGCAGCCCACCCUGCUCAGGUUAUGGAACCUGUGUGCCAGCAACCAGUGCCGGUAGCUCCGCACAGUUUGAGUGUCUCUGCUACAAGGGGUACAAGCUGAAGGCAGGAAGUAAGCAUGAGUGCCAGAAAAACGGCUGA